AUGUUUCGCCUUGUUCGACGUCAUGGCGAUGUUGAUAUUGUGGUAUUGGUACAUUGUGAUGGACCCCUUCGAUUGGCAAAUAGAUCAACAAGCAAGUUCUCGAAAGGAACGAACACCAGUAUUUUCUAUGAUUUUACUUGUGCCAAAUUAGCGACACCAUGUCUCGAAGGAAUAGAUAGGUCUCAGAAAUGUGAGAGGAGGGAUGCGUGUGGUACGGGAGACGACGGAUAG